AAUAAACCUGUUUUUAUCAGCUUGUAAAGCACUUAUCAGUUAUCGAAGAUUACGGUUCUGUUCCCAUAGGAUUAUUGCUUUUAACUGGGCAACGCGCCUUUCGGUAUUGUUCAGUCUAUUGAAGCUUGUCGCUCCAGUAGCAUUAGAUUUUUCUACAUUGGCCUUAACAUUGAUGUAGACAAGUGGAUCUUCUGAAUUACAGUUUAUAGAAUGGAUUGUUAAAAUGUGGUUUUCGUUGUAAUGAACAUUAAACUGGAAAAAAUAACUUGAAAUAUAGAAGGAGCGAAAACAAUAGAGAAAGAGAGAGAGAGAGAGAGAGAGAAAGAGAGAAAGAGAGAGAGGGAGUAAUAUAAUCUGUGAAUCGUCUAGACAACAUAAUUAGGAUGCUUGAUUCAAACAAAGAGGAUGCAACCGAGGCUGGCCAGGAAAUUAGAGAUGUCGAAGAUGGACAAAAGAAGCUCAAGUAUCCACGCGCUAUUCCGUUCAUUAUCAGCAAUGAGUUUUGUGAGCGGUUCAACUAUUAUGGCAUGCGGACCGUCCUUGUACUUUAUCUGACCCGCAAACUGGACUUUGACGAUGAUACGGCAACGGUACUGUAUCACACCUUUACCACCUUAGUAUAUUUUAUGUGCGUAUUAGGUGCUAUCAUAGCGGAUAGUUGGCUGGGAAAAUUUCGAACCAUAUUGUACCUAUCGAUCGUAUACACGAUUGGUAGUGCCUGCAUAACACUAGGAGCAAUUCCAACAUGGGAUUUGGAUGCACGAGCCAUGACUAUUGCUGGAUUGUUGCUGAUCGCGUUGGGUUCCGGCGGAAUCAAGCCGUGUGUAGCGGCUUUUGGAGGCGAACAGUUUAAGCUACCAGAACAAGCCAAAUAUUUGGCAUUGUUUUUCUCAAUGUUCUAUUUUGCGGUCAAUUCUGGAUCGUUCGUAUCGACUAUGGUCACUCCAAUUUUGCGCGAGGAUGUAAAAUGUUUCGAUGAGGACGAUUGCUUUCCUCUUGCAUUUGGUGUUCCAGGUGUGCUGAUGGUUGUAUCUAUCAUUAUAUUCAUCAUUGGUAGACCUCUGUAUAAAAUAUCCGCUCCUGCCGGCAAUAUGUUUGUUAAGGUUUCCAAAUGCAUCUGGACAGCAAUACGGACGCGUUCACGUGAGAAAUCUAUCAACCCUCGUGAACAUUGGUUGGAUUACUCUGAAAAACGCUGGGGUCGCCAACUUGUGGAUGAAACGCGUAUAUUGUUAAACGUGUUAAAGUUGUACAUUCCGUUGCCCGUGUUUUGGGCCUUGUUCGACCAGCAGGGAUCGCGAUGGACCUUCCAGGCAACUCGUAUGGAUGGCGAUCUAGGGUUUUGGACGAUAAAACCGGAUCAAAUGCAGGUCAUCAAUCCGUUGCUUAUCCUGGUAUUCAUCCCUCUUUAUGAGGUAGCUUUCUAUCCGCUGUUAAGUAUGAUUGGAAUUCGCCGACCGCUACAAAAACUUACUCUGGGUGGAAUUUUCGCCGGGUUAGCCUUCGUUAUCUCCACCAUCGUCGAGAUUCAACUCGAAUCUACUUACGCUGUAAUUCCGAAAGCCGGAGAAGCACAAUUGCGAAUAUUCAACGGCAUGAACUGUGAUUAUCGUGUACAGUCAAACAUCCCCGAGCAUGCUGAUUUCAUGUUGGAGCGAAUGAGCAUGUUUGAGGAAAAGUAUCUCAGUGUGAAAGGAAAAGCAACUUACACCUAUACGCUUUCAUCUAGCGGGCCUGGUCAAGAUUGCGCCUUAGCUGAAGAACAACGCACCUUUGUAAUAGAAGAAGAAAAACAGUUAUCCUACUUUAUUCGCAAGCAAAACACUGGUAUAGAUAUGUUGCGAUACGAAGACGAUACGGAAAAGUCUUCCAAAGGUUACCCGUUAUUGCGAGUGCUCGGAAACACAGCCACUAAUCGAUCGGUUGUUUUUCGUGACAUAGAUACAUCCGAUCCUUUCGAUAGACACACGAAUGGUUCUUAUGUGUACGAUUUGGUAGAAUCUUAUCCUUCUGACUACGAAAUCUAUGUAGAUGGACAGCUGAUUCUUACCUAUACAAUGCGCCUUGGAGGCGUAUACUCUUUCAUAGUAAGCGAUAUAAAUGGUUUGGUGGUACAACCGAUUAUCGUCACUGAUCCAAACUCAGUCAAUAUGCUUUGGCUGAUUCCGCAGUACGUGGUAAUGACUCUUGGUGAAGUGAUGUACUCCAUUACAGGACUGGAGUUCUCAUUCACACAAGCUCCCGAGAGUAUGAAAUCCGUACUGCAAGGUUGCUGGCAGUUGACGGUUGCAGUGGGCAAUCUGAUCGUUGUCAUCGUAGCAGAAGCGAAAAUUUUCGAUGCGCAAAAAUGGGAGUUUGUAUUGUUUGCUGGAUUAAUGUUCGUCGAUAUGGGACUGUUUUCUAUUCUGGCUUGGCGCUAUAAGCAGAUACCGUUGAAGACCUACGAGGAAGAUGACCUAAACGAAACCCUCUCGAUUGAUCAAAAGGAACAGAAUGGACUUGAUAAUCCAUCUUUUAAGAAAUCUGAUGAAUAGAUCACCAAUCGCUCAAAUGGAUUUGCAAAUAAAACUAAAAACAA